UAGGCCAAAACAACCACCCAACAAGGCGUUGUGCUACUAUGGGGAAAUACCGAGCACAAACCAGCAGAAAACGGGCUUGUUUUAGUUUGGGGUCGAUGUAAAUGAGACAAGUUCCCGUCAAAGUCGCUUGAACUCUGACCGAUGGCAUAUUGAGGAUUAAAUGUGGACGUUGACGUCGAGCCGUGCGUAAUGAGGAGAGUUGGAAAAAGAAGGUGUUGAGCUGCAUUUUUUCUCUCUACCAGGGACAACUUGGAUCGGAGUAUUGGCAAAGUGCGGGCUGAUCCGUGGAGAAAUCCUACCCAUGGAGCUCCCCUCUGUCUGGGCUGUCCUGCUGCGCCCGGGCCCCUGAGCGCUGGCAUUCGACCUGCGGAGAGGAGACCAGAAUGACUGGGCCAGAGGGGCAACCCCCGUACAGCAUAUGAAGAGCAGAGAGGAUGGGUGCCAAUGGGUCCAGCUACCCACACUCCUGCUCCCCGCGCAUAGGGGGAGGUUCACAGCCACAGCAGACCUUUAUAGGCACGUCGUCAUACUCCCAGCAGGGUUAUGGCUGGGAGUCAAAGCUGUACAGCCUGGAGCACGGCCAUGAGCGGCCGGCUGACAGGAAGAAGAAGAGUUUGGGGCUGGCCACGCUCAAGCGCAGGUUCAUCAAGCGCAGGAAGUCCAGCCGUUCAGCUGACCACGCGAGGCAGAUGAGAGAGCUGCUGUCUGGGUGGGACGUUCGAGACACCAACGCCCUAGUGGAGGAGUAUGAGGGCACCGCUGCCCUCAAGGAGCUGAGCUUUCAGGCCAGUCUGGCCCGCGCUGAAGCCCCCAAUCUACAGAGGGACCUGGCAGCACUGUAUCAGCACAAGUACUGCACAGACGUGGACCUCAUCUUUCACGGGACAUGCUUCCCUGCACACAGGGCUAUCCUGGCUGUGCGCUGCCCCUUCUUUAAGAGUCUGCUGACAUCAGCCCCGGGCUAUGGAGCCGAGGUGCUCAUGGAUGUUGACACAGCAGGCAUAGACGUGCCCAUGUUCUCAGCUCUGCUGCAGUACCUGUACACGGGGGAGUUUGGGGUGGGGGCAGCAGAGGACAGCCGCCUGCAGAAUGUGGAUGUCCUGGUGCAGCUCAGUGAAGAGUUUGGGACUCCUAACUCCCUGGAGGCUGACAUGAAGGGCUUGUUUGACCACAUGUGCUACUAUGAUGCUCUGCUCAGCUUCUCCUCAGACUCUGAGAUGGUGGAGGGCUGUGGUGAGAGAGUGGCUGUGGCGUGCCCCUCUACAGUAGGGUCAAGUGGGACUGUGGCCCCAGGGACCCCUGAGGAGGACCUGAGGGCCCAUAAGGCCAUCCUCUCUGCACGCUCCCCUUUCUUCAGAAAUCUUUUACAGAGGCGUAUCCGCACUGGGGAGGAGAUGACAGAGCGCACACUGCACACACCCACUCGUAUCGUCCUGGAUGAAUCCAUCAUUCCACGGAAGUACGUGCAGGUCAUCCUACACUGCAUGUACACCGAUGUGGUGGAACUGGGGCUGGUGCUGAGGGGGAGCCCCUCCACAGGGAGUUUAGGGGAGGUACAGGCCCUGGUGUCAGGAGGCCGCGGGGCCAGCACACGCACAGAGGAGGCCAUGGAGCUCUACCACAUUGCUCUGUUUCUGGAGUUCAGCAUGUUGGCUCAAGGCUGUGAGGACAUCAUCGUGGAAAGCCUGUCCCUGGACUCUCUGGUGCCCAUCCUGAAGUGGAGCUCGCAGCCGUACGGAUCGAAGUGGGUCCACAGACAGGCCAUGCACUUCCUCUGUGAAGAGUUCAGCCAGGUGGUCUCCUCAGACGUCCUCUACGAGCUGGGCAAGGAGCACCUUCUCACUGCCAUCCAGUCUGACUACCUGCAGGCGAGUGAGCAGGACAUUCUAAAGUAUGUGGUGAAAUGGGGCGAGCAGCAGCUUAUAAAGAGGAUGGCAGACAGGGAGCCCAAUCUGCUGAGUGGCACGGCUCACAGUGUGAACAAAAGGGGCGUGAAGAGGAGGGACCUGGAUGUGGAGGAGCUGCGGGAGAUCCUGUCUCCCCUCCUGCCUUUCAUCCGGACAGAGCACAUCCUGCCUUCAAACAGCGACGUGCUCGCCGACGCGCUCAAGCGGGGUCUGAUAAGCACCCCUCCCCUAGACAUGCUGCCCACAGCCGAAGGGGGGAAAGCCAAUGCCUGGUUGAGACAGAAGAAUGCUGGUAUCUACGUGCGGCCGCGCCUUUUUUCUCCGUAUGUGGAAGAGGCAAAGACCGUUCUGGAUGAGAUGAUGGUGGAGCAGACUGACCUGGUUCGCUUGAGGCUGGUGCGCAUGUCCAAUGUCCCUGACACCCUCUACAUGGUCAACAACGCCGUCCCCCAGUGCUGCCACAUGAUCAACCACCAGCAAAUGACUAGCAACUCGGCCUCCGCACCGUCCGUUGUAGCUAAUGAAAUCCCAGUGCCUCAGUUGUCUGUGGUGAAGGAGAUGAUCCGCCGUCUGCAGGAGCUGAGACACACGGAACAGGUACAGAGAGCCUACGCCCUUAACUGUGGAGAGGGGGCCACGGUGAGCUACGAGCUGCAGCUCCGGGUGCUCAGAGAAUUUGGACUGGCAGACGGAGCCACAGAGCUACUGCAGAAUCCGUACAAGUUCUUUCCUGAUGAGCGAUUUGGAGAUGAGAGUCCCAUUUUGGCCUUGCGUCAGGUGGGUCGCUGUCGCGUGAACAGCAGCCCGGCCAUGGACAGCAUGUUUACUGACAUGGAGGGAGUUGGAGGCUUCCACCCUCCUCUGCCUCCUCCACCUCCUCCCUACCACCCCCCUGCCACCCCCAGCCAUGCCCAUAUAAAAGGAGCCUGGCGACCCCGGGUGCCCAUGCCCACUCCGACCCGCUCCUUCUCCUACCCCUGUAACCGCACCCUCAUCCAGAGACACGUGUCCUCCAAACAUGGCAGCUCUGAGUAUUCAUCAGUGCCCAGGCCCCAGCCCCCAGACUGCACCAACCCACAGGCCAUGGGGCGUGCUCUGCUAGACCAGCAGGCGAUGAAUGUGGAGCCAGUCAUGAGGGAGUUCAUGCCUGAUAUUGCCCUGGGAGUGUCAGUGCUGUCUCUGAGGGAGCAGCACAUGGACAUGGACAGAGAGGGGCCUCACAGUCCUAUGGGCCCCUCAGGCCUGCACCUGCCUCACGGCCCCUGCCCCUCGGCUCGCCUCAGCCACAACCACGGCCCUGGACAUGGUCACUCUUGUAAAAGACACGCCCCUGAACCUAAGCUGGAGGCUCAAGCAGAGUUUCCUGACCUGUACGACUUCUCCUGUCGACCUGCUACCCCCACCUCCGCUCACCCUCGGCCCUCUUUUCCAGGACCCGAUCUCUACAGCCACAGCUGCACCUCUGGCUCCUACCAGCCCUCUUACAUCUGUGACUCUCAGGGCCACUCCCAGGGGCGGAGCGCACAGGACCCGCUGCGGUUAGAUGUCCUCGGAAUGACCUCACAGAGACAUGAGCCUGUCCUCUCCAGCCCUUCUGGGGCACAGGCUAGACUGGGACAUGUCCCAAGGGGAAGAUCAAAUGAAACAGACUUGACUCACGGCUUAGGUCAUUUGCGCUCUCCCAGCGGAACUGUGGACAGUUAUGAGGACAGGCUCACAGGAGCCAGAGAACCAGCCGAGGAGAUGGUUCUGGGGGCGGAACAGUCAGGCCCCUCCCCUGUCCCACAACCCCACAGGAACAGUGUGACCGAGGACCGCCGCUCUCCCAACAAGCCUGAAUACCCUUAUAAAAAAUCAGCACUUUAACCCCAGGAGGAGCCGGGGUUGAGUUUGGAAAAGGGAAACCUAAUGCUGUCUGUCCCGGUGGAUGGCAAAGCACUAAAUGUGUGUGAAUGUGUGUUUGAGAGGAGCAGGGGAAGGGGGAUGAUAGUAGCUAUUUAUAGUUUGUCCUUUUGUCCUACCUCUGUCACAUUGUGCUAUCCAUCACACACUCACUAUAGAGAGAACGCUGCAGGUUAACAGUCAAUGCUUCUCAUUGAUCUCCAAAGCUCCUUGGUCUUCAGUUUGGAGUCUAAAGCAUGGAGGGGUCAGGGAGCAGAGCAACAUCAGACCUGCCUGAUGUGUCACAACACUACAAGGGUUCAAUACAAAUGGAUUACUUCUCAGAAUGCUCAGAUGGCAGGAUCUGUAUCUCAGUUUACACAAGCGAACAAUGGCACAUGCUUUGAGACUUACAGUAAGGUAGAAUAUGGCUGUGUAUCACUCCCCUCAUGUUAACAUUUCCAUUUUCUUCUCGUAGCAUGCCUCUCGUUGCCCACCUGACUUAGUUUACCGCUUUGGGCACUAGCUAUGCAGUGUUGAUGUGUAACGAUCUGGAUCCUGGCCGCACAAGGAAUUGAAACUGACAGGAAGUAGGUCAUCAUAGCUCGUCAUUGUGGGAUAAUUGUGUCGGAUUUGAAUGAUCACAGCCGCUACGUCUCCAAAUGAGAGACACAUUUCCGCUGCAGUUUGAAGUUGAUGGGGAAGAACGGGUUCAUUAUAGCGGAUGAUACAGGGCUUUAUUGCAGAUGAUGUAUGGGUUUCAAAAUGGCCGCCUGUUUAUUCUAGCAUCAAAGCAGGUCUGUGAGGAUAUUGAUGUUGGACAAUCUCAGUACUGUACCCACCCAUUUUAGUCAGGUCUGUUCAGACAUAUCAGAGCCAAGUGUAUCGGGGUGUACUGUUGUUUAAGUGUGCAAAUUCUCCUUUUCCUUAAAUUUAUUUCAGCAGCGUCAAAUAUUGCAAACUAAAGCCUUACCUGGUACUUUAAAUAUCAGUUUUAGCAACCUUUAUUCAGCUAAGUAUGAUGUCAUUACUAUCCUCACUACAGUAUAAUCACUUUCUGACUGUUUUGAUUACCAUGGAGACACACACUGCAGUUUGGGCUACAGUUGUUUGUUGAAGCCAAUGUUGUAGAUGCUGUUGAUUACAUUACAUAGCUGCAGCAGGAGUAGCCCUCCCACACAACACAGAGUUCACACUGAGCUCAUCACAUCCAGUAGCUGAGCACCACCUCACUCACAAUCAUUGCACUGUGGAGCCACACAUGUAGUUGAAGGGAAAAAAAACAUUUCAACAAAAAGGAAGUGAAAUUGGAGAAUAGUCCAAAUGCUGGCUCCUGUCUAAUGAAUUUGUAUAUAAUAAGUAAAGUCCCUGAGUUGAAUAGCUUGUCACAUUUUAGUGGUUGUUGAAGGUUUGUACUUUUACUGUAGUGGACAACACUGUGUACUUGUCUUGUCAUGAACUCACCAAGAAUGUGUGGUUUACAAUGUAAAGAUUAUGUCCAAGAAGCUAUUUUGUUCUUAAACGUUAUGCAUUUAAGGCAGUUCAAUAUUGUAGGUGGAGUGACUUGUCAACAUGUUUUUCUUCCUUUACUUUAAAGAGCCCAUAUUACGCUAUUUUUUGAUUUGUUAUGUUGUUGUUUUUUUUAUUAAAAACGUAACUGGAGAUAUGCUUUGUUUCAUUCACAAGCUUAACACACAAACCCUGCAUAUUUAGGCUGAGUUCUUCUCUCAAACAGAAAACACUGUUCCAAUUUGUGAAUGCCAAUCUCUUUUGAACUGAAGGUAAAAGGUAGCUGUUGACAAACUGCAAACUACCACUAUAUGACGUCACAAUGUGGAACAACAAUAUUGAGCUUUGGAGACAGACUAAUAUUGCAGGAUUAAUUAGACAUGAGUGAAUGAAAGAAAACACAACUCCAGGUAUGUUUUUGAUGAGCUAACAAGUUCACAAGAAUCCAUGUUAUGUAAUAUAGGACCUUUAAAAGUAAUAGGACUGUGUAGAGGAUCUGCAGAUCUAGCCUUCUGCUUUAAAGAGCGCCAAGCAGAAAAAAUAAUUUUCCAUCUUGCUUCAUGAGGAAAAAAUGCAAAGGUCCAGAUUCCUCCUCAUGUUCAUGUUGGUUAGUUAUUUUAUUUUCCAGGACAAUGUUCCACUGAAUAAAAGUUUUGUUUUGCUCUUUUGCUGUUAGAGAAGUCAGUGCCUUCCCUGCCUGCAGCUGGGCUUUAUUGGAGAUGUGACUUAACUGUCUAUGCAAGCUCUUUUCUACCAGCUAACCAGCCUGCAUCACUUUGAACUCUCAUGUAGCUUGUUUGUGUACAUAGUGUUAUUUAGCACCUUUUCAAUUUCAAAUGUGGGAUAAUUGCUUGUGUUGAAUUCUAAAACAUGUUUGUAGACUGAUAUUAAGUUCCAUUUAGUUUCACUGAAUCUAUUUUUCUACUGUCACCUUGAGGGGUGCGUAACAGUGGUCAACUUGGCAUCAUAAAAAUAAACUGGUUUGAUAUGAUGUAA